AUGCACGCUAUACCUUUCAAGAGGUACGUCGAGAUCGGGAGGAUUGCUCUCGUCAACUACGGCAAGGAAUAUGGCAAGCUCGUCGUCAUCGUUGACGUCAUUGACCAGAACAGAGCACUUGUCGAUGCCCCUGACAUGGUCAGAUCCCAAGUCAAUUUCAAAAGGCUUUCCCUAACCGAUAUUAAGAUUGAUAUCAAGAGAGUCCCAAAGAAAAAAGAUCUUGUUAAAGCCAUGGAGGCUGCUGAUGUUAAGAACAAGUGGGAGAACAGCUCAUGGGGCAGGAAACUCAUUGUCAGAAAGAGAAGAGCAGCCCUCAGUGACUUCGAUAGGUUCAAGUUAAUGUUGGCCAAGAUUAAGAGAGCAGCUGUGGUAAGGCAAGAGCUCUCUAAGCUGAAAAAGAGUGCUUAG